AUGCUUCCCUUCCGAAAGCUCGUUUCCAGCGUGUCGUUGGCAUUCCUCCUUCUGCAAACACACCACCAGCUGUAUGGGUCCGGUCAGGCGCUUGCUAUGCCUCUGCAGCCCACACCAGCUGAUGAUAGACUCGACACGCUUUUUACUCUGGCGAGAGCUGCUUCGCAGAACCCGAACAAUGAUGGCCAGCAGGUUACCAUCACUCCAGAGGCCGUUCUUAAAGCGCUACAAGCUCUGGCCAAUGGUAUACAGAACCAGCAAGACGACAAAACACCGAAUAGCCCCGUCAUGGUCAUCUCUCAUGGUGAGGGUGGGCCAAUCGUACCUGGAUCCGAUGCCGACCAGAGGAGCAAGGAUUCUUCCGUCAAGUACAAGAACAAUAACGAUACAGAAGCGGCGAAAGAGGCGAUCCAGAACUUACAACAGCCACGUUCUCGUUUCUGUGCGCAGGCUGCUAACACCAACCGCACAAUCGACAACAUGUCACAGAAACUUGUGCAAAAGGAGCGCAAGCGUCUAGCUUCGAUCCGAAAGCAGCGCAUCUCCAAAGCUUCUUCCAAGAACAACGCCACCGACGCUCGUUCGCUGACAGAUGCAAAGAUCCUGGCCGAACAAACCAGGACCGUUCAAGUUGUCUGGCACGUCAUUCACUCGGGCUCCGCUGGCAACCUCUCUGAUGCCGCAAUUAGCCGUCAGAUCGAUACACUAAACUCGGACUACGAGCCAUACGGAUUUGCUUUUGAUCUCAACUCUACGAAUCGGGUCGACAACGCUCGCUGGUUCAAAAACAUCACGCCUGAUACCAAUCUGCAAGACCAGAUGAAGAGCUCUCUCCGACAGGGAGAUGCCGGAGUUCUCAAUUUGUACAGUGUCGACUUCAGUAAUGGUCUCUUGGGAUACAGCUCCUUCCCAUGGGACGUUCAGUCCAACCUUGUCAACGACGGCAUUGUGUUUCAGUACAGCACCGUUCCUGGCGGAAGCGAGACAGGAUACAAUUUGGGCAAAACCGCGACGCAUGAGGUGGGACACUGGCUCGGACUGUAUCACGUUUUCCAGGGUGGAUGCGAUUCACCCGGUGAUUACGUGGAUGAUACACCGCCGCAGAGCGAUGCGACAAAUGGAUGCCCAACCGGACAAGACAGCUGCCCGGGAGGGGGUGUCGACUCGAUUCACAAUUACAUGGACUACUCGAGUGAUGCUUGUCUCACAGGCUUUACAGAAGGACAAGCUGUUCGAAUGGCUGCUCUCAGCGGACAGUAUCGCUCACUCUAG